CCCGCGCAGUCAGAUUCAGAUAGUGUGUGUGUCUCGAUGGAUUACAAUUUGGCAGCGGUGAAAGUGGUGUGCUCGCAACUGAAGGAGGCGCGGCAGACGGCGUCGCCGAAGCGAAUGACGCUUGGCGGCAUCCUUUUCCAGCGCGUGUGGCUCCAAGGCGUCCUUGUUUGGGCCUCCGCCGACUCUCAGAAAUUCAUCCUCGACGACGGCACCGGCCUCCUCCACCUCCACCUCUCCCCCUCUCCUGACUUCCUUCUCCGCCCUUGGAAAAUCGGAAUGUAUGUGAUGGUUGUUGGUGGCUACGUCAUCCGUACGGAUGAACCCCCUGUCAUCAAGGUUCACAAGAUUGUAGAUCUUUCAGAGUUUCCAGACCGGGAGGCAAUGUGGUAUCUGGAAGUUAUGGAGGCAUACAAACUCUUCUAUGAGUCUCUCAUUGAGGAAUUUAUAUGAUAGUGUGCAUACCGUUUAAUUGACAAAACCUGAAACUCAAUUUUGCCUGUUUGAUGUGCACCCCCGAAAAGGUUUUGGCCAUUGAUUUCUGGCUGAAGGAUUGUCAUAGUUGCUUUCAGAGCAUUUAUAAUACCUCAAACCCAGUUUUAAAGGGGCUCCAAAUGGCUACACAAGGCCUCUAAUUGUUACAUUGAGAAAAUUCCACAUGUAGCUUAAUUCUAUGAUUCUAUCCUUUUAGAUUUUUGUUAUCUUCAUCAGAAUCAGAUUCAUCAGCAACAGAUUCUUGAUACAUCUAACAGAGAAGCUGUACCAGCCUGGGCAGAGCCAUCAAAUUGUUGUAUCUACGGUGUCUGCGGUGUGGCGUGGCUCAAGUUCGCUGAAUUUGGUUCAUUUACUCUAGGAGGGGGUAAGGGGCAAGGAGGGUGGUAAGUUGUGGCAUGUAUAACAUCCUGCUUUGGAGCUUUGCCUAGCCAAGUACUAAAGCAUUUUUGGUCCCUUUAUUCCACCACAACCCUACAUAAAUGUUGGCAGGUUACUGAAAGUUGCUCUAAGCCAAUUCGGAUAGUCAACUGAUCAUAGUCGGAUUAGCCGUCUUGGAAACGGGAGUCCUUUUGAUUCUUUUUGGUUCCAGUCGCGUAUUGUGCUGUUGCAACAGCUGAUGUUUUCCUUUUUGUUCGGAUCUUAUUCUUCUGCUUGCUUUGGUUAUGACUUUCUUAAGUAGACAGAUUUCGCAGUGGGUCUUUGUAUUGACAGUUACAAACUAAAUUCAGUUUUUGCAAAUGUGUUUGAUUUGAAGCAAACUACAUUUGGAGGCUAUUUGAAGCAU